CGCAACGGUUGUGUUUUUCCUUUGCUCUGUGGCUAUAUCAGCAUGAAGGAGGUGAAGAGCGAGCGGGAGCGGGGGAGCCGGAGAAGGCACCGGGACGAGGACAUAGUGGCCACGGCGGCGGUGGUGGUUAAGCAAGAGCGCCUCAGCCCGGAGGCCUCGCCCCCGGUUCACCGCCGCCCGGACUGCUCCCGCGGUAGCUCGUCCCCGCCUGCCGGCGAUCCAGGCCGCCCUAGUCACCGCGGGACCCGAGCCCGAGGACACAGUCGGUCCCCGGCCAAAAAGAAAAAGUCCUCAGGGAGAAGAAGCAAGUCUCCUCGGAGUAACAGAAGCCGAAGUCCUCACCAUUCAACAGUCAAAGUGAAGCAGGAACGUGAGGAUCAUCCCCCCCGGAGAGACCGGGAGGAUCGGCAACACCGGGAAGCGUCAGGACAGGAGCACAGGCGAUCUAGGAACAGUGACCGAGACAGGCACAGGGGCCACUCCCACCAGAGGAGAGCCUCUGGCGAGAGACCCGGGAGUGGGCAGGCUCAGGGACGGGAUCGAGACCUCCAGAACCUGCAGGCUCAGGAAGCGGAGCGGGAGUUUUAUAAUGCCCGACGGCGGGAGCACCGUCAGAAGAAUGAAGUUAUUGCCAGCGGUAAUGAGUCUCAGGAGUUGCCUCCUCCACCUGCUGGCAAAAACAAAGACAAAGAGGUGCCCGUUAAGGAAAAGCCGAGCUUUGAACUUUCUGGGGCACUUCUUGAGGACACCAAUACCUACCGGGGUGUAGUCAUUAAAUAUAGUGAGCCCCCUGAAGCACGUAUCCCUAAAAAACGGUGGCGUCUCUACCCCUUUAAAAAUGAUGAGGUUCUUCCAGUCAUGUACAUUCACCGACAGAGCGCUUACCUCCUGGGGCGACACCGUCGUAUAGCGGACAUUCCGAUUGAUCAUCCCUCUUGUUCAAAGCAGCAUGCGGUUUUUCAGUAUCGGCUUGUGGAAUAUACCCGUGCUGAUGGGACAGUUGGCCGCAGGGUGAAGCCCUACAUCAUUGACCUUGGCUCGGGCAAUGGAACAUUCUUGAACAACAAGCGCAUUGAGCCACAGAGAUACUAUGAACUGAAGGAAAAAGAUGUGCUUAAGUUUGGGUUCAGCAGCAGAGAAUAUGUUCUGCUUCACGAGUCCUCUGAUACUUCCGAAGUAGACAGGAAAGAAGAUGAGGAUGACGAGGAGGAGGAGGAAGUAUCCGACAGCUAGCGAACUAAGAAACAAACUCUUGAGAGACCUUUCUUUUCUGCGAAGGCUUUGCGAUGGACUCCGGAGCACCAGGUGCUCUUUGUAAUGCCUCUUAUUGCCUUAAGUCUUUAUGUUUGGUUGGACUUUUUUCUGUGACAUGUCAGCCACUUGCCUGUGGGCAUAUGUUUUCAGAACAGUCUCACCAACACAUCGUGUUUCGUAGAAGCAUCGUGGCUUUUAGUUGGUGCUUUCAGAACUGCUGCCUAGGAAACUAAACCCUUGGCUAAAGGGAAAUUGUGGCUUGUUCUCUUUGUACAGAUACUUUAUUUAUAGGCUUUGUGAACUGGGUUUGUUUUGUUUUUGUUUCUGGGGCAAAUCCCUUAACAGAAUCUUUCUAAGCUUUGGUUAUCACCAAAACAGCCUCCAGUAUAUACCAAAGCUUUGAACUGGUUGAGCUCUUGAGUCACAGAAGUUGAUUUUGCACUUCUUUUUUGGGGGGUGGGGGGUGGGAGUUUACCACAUGACCUCAUUGUUGACUGUUGGACUUAAACGGAUGCUUUGUGGAGUCUGAUGAAGCAUGUGACUGCAGGAAGAUCAUGACGACUGCCCUCGGGUGCUGAUUUCACGUCACAGGAGGCUGGGAUGCGCUGUGGAGCGGCUUCCUGUGCGAGAAUUCUGAUUUCUCCGUGCAGCAUGUACAUAACACUUUUGAUCACCUUAUCUUUUCUUAACUUCAUAUUUUUAUUCAAACGUUAUCUCUUAUUUUUUUU